UGAUUGUGGUGUAUGGUGUAUUUAUUGUAUUGUUAAAAUUAGGAAUUAUUUUAGAUUUAGUGUGUUUUGGAAUUAUAAACUUCGAGUAAUCGCCUCUUUAGUUUCUCAAUAACUUAUAAAUCGGAACGCAAAUCGUCGUGUAUAUGUUUUUUAGAAUAUGAUGUGUAGAUGGCUUCUCACCAAGAUUGUACUUUCGGAAGUAUCUGCGCCGGCCUAUUCAUAAGUUUUACAUAUAUUUUUGAAGUCUUGAUGCACUUAGCUGAAGGAAAUCUCAAUUGUUAUGGCUCCUGGUAACAACGAGCGGCAUCCGAGUCACACGGGAACUAUUCCGAAGACAAAAGCUCGGAAUAAUUGUAAUGUUCCGCAGGAGGCUGUGACUCCCACCAGGAGGGAUAUGGCAUCUAACCUAGUCUCGACAUCCCUUGACUGGGUCCCUGUGUCAGAAUACAACAGCAGAACAAAUUACAACCAAUCAAGGAAGCAGACAAAUAAUACAUCGGACCAAGAACUUAAUGACUUAGAAAAUUCCGUAUCAUUUGAGAGUGGAUUCGGAAGGUUUGUCCCGGUGAGGCCGCAGCCGCGCGCUCUGCCGUUGAACGUGCAGAACCGUGAGAACCUGUCCAAUGAGCACCAGGACGACGCCAGCUCCAUGUCCGGACACACCCUCCACCCUUAUGCACAUCAAAUGCAGAAUGGUUUAGUUCCUCACUCCAAUCAUGCAAAUCAUGCUGCUGCAGCAGUCAUGAUCGUCAACCCUACCACACCGAAUGCGGUCACUGCAAACAUGUCUCAACCUUUCAAUGCGCCUAAUCAAAACCGAAAGAACUUGACAAAUAAUUUGAACCCAGCGAGGAACAAUUUAGACGGAAACCAUUCGAGCCACAACAACGCGGCGUCCUCUAGGCCGGGCACUAAGACCGUCAACCUGAUGAACAACAUGUAUGACCCGCAGGUCAGCAUGAACAACGUCAAUGAGAAUAACCAUGUUCACAGGGAAUCAGCCAGGGCGUUAGGGGAGGCAAUAGUGGCGGCCUGCCCCGACACCGCGGCCGUGGAGCGGCGGCUCGGCCAGAUCCGCGAGUACAUCCGGGUCACGUCGUCUCUCGUCGACACCAUGCGCAACUCUGAGGACGAGGCUUAUAUUGAGCAUACGAAAGAAGAAUAUGACGAACUGGUAGAGAUGGUAAUGAAAUUGAAAGAGAGUGAGACGAAACUAGAGAAAGUGUUGAAUGAGGAACCGGAUAAUGUGGAGGUACCUGCCGAAGAAGCAGACGCUGCGGCGGCGGUGAACGAGGCGGUGGUUGACAAAGAACUGCCCACUGAAAUCAAAGAGGAUGAGCCGAGCAACGCAAGCAAACAAGAUGGUACUGCUGAAUGUACCACACUAAAGAAAGUCACUAAUCUAGAGAAUGAACAGUUGAAUAAAAGCUUGCAAAGUGUGAAGAAUUGUAGUGAUCAUCUAAUACCAGCGAGCGACUUAGGCGAUGCACCCACCGCGCCCGUACCGUCGGCACGUAACUACCCCGAAGACGAUACAGUGGAAAUCAAAGAAAUUGAAAGCAUUCCGUGCGAGGAAAUAACACACGACCGUCACUUGAAUGAGGUGCUGCGUAAAAAUAUUAUUUCGUGCGUAGAAAAAGUAGCGAUCAUAGAAGAAAUGAAAAAUAAAAACUGCAGUAACAUUGAGGAUCAGGAUGUGGUGGUUCGACCCGUAUCAGUUCAGAGUAACGGUUCAGCUUAUAGCGAGAGUGAACUUUGGCAGAAUGAGAUAAAAAACAAAAUGGAGCUGUCUCAACGCCGUUUGACCGCUUUAAAGCAACAGCAGAAGAGACUAAUCAAGUACCAGGAGGAAGCCAAACAACAAUUAGAGGAAAUCAACCGAGAGCGACAGUCUCAAGAAGCCCUUCCGUCGACUUCCCAUGACAACUUUGGUGGCAUACAGAAUCACCAAAUGAACGGCAACUACAAUCGCAUGUACGCCGCGAACCAAAUCGGGGUGGCCACGACACUGCCCCAUUCGAACGAGAACGUCGCGAGCCGCGCGAACAGCGAACACGGACACAACCAGGACGACAGGUUCUCGCACCGCGACGCGAACAUCGCGAGCAGCGAGGAGGCGUUGGGCGCGAACAGCGACGCGGAGGACGCGCUGCUGACGGAGCGCGGCCGCGCGCUGCAGGCCAAGCUGCGCGAGCUGCAGCUCAAGAAACAGCACAUGGAGAACCUCGUGUCAGAGUUUCAAAAGCUGCAGAUGGCGACGCAUCUCGGCUCCAACAACACAUACUCGAGCUCUGGAGAGGACAGCGCCGACGAGCCAACAAGGAAAUGUAACAAAUCGGGAGGUAAUAUAAAAAACGAAGACCCUUUUAAGCUCAUGGAAAUCAAAGCUAUAAAAACAGCUCUCCAGAAGACUAAAGAUCUGAUGCGGUCAGUGGAAAACUACGAAUCGGACCAUUUGUCCGGGGCGCACGACGAUUCCUUCCAGAUGCCUAGUCACUCUAAUAUAAACGACAAUAAAUCGGAAGGCGGCGGCAGUAUCGGCGGCUGGUCCAACGACGGUAGCGUCUGUCGCGUGCGCAACUCUCUGCCGCAGCGGCACAAGUUCACCAACGAGCAGCACGAGCAGCAGCACUUGCAGCAGCAGCAGCACAUGCAGCAGCAGCAGCAGCACAUGCCGCACUUGCAGCAGCAGCAGCACAUGCCGCAGCCGCAGCACAUGCCGCACCCGCAGCAGAUGAGCCACGAGUCGAAUAUUGCGUCUUUGCAAGAGUUAGCUCAAGAACUUCGCAUGGAGACGGAGAAGAUUGUCGGCGAGAGAACUCGUAUCAAAGACAUGCUCUCCAAUAAGGAGACGAGCCGCAAGCAGAAGAUGGUGAACGAGCAGGCGUCGACCAGCAGCGGGUGGCACGCGGCCGGCCCCGCCGAGCGCCGCCAGCUGCAGCUGCGUGCGCUGCUCGCCGACAAACAGCGCGAACUGGACAAGCUACUCAACAAGGAGAAAGUACUAUGUGGAAAUGCAGAAAGUCAGAAGAUGAUGGCGGACUCGUGUACCGGCUCCAUCAUUACUGGUAUCAACCAGUCCUACAAUAGUGAACAAGAAGAGCCCGAUUCGCGGUCGGAGCAGAUACUUUUGGACUCUCAAAACUCCAGAGACACCGACAACUUCAGGGUGUGCGGGCAGGGAGGCCUCAGCACCGCCACGCUGCCGUCGCGCCGCGCCAGCGCCUGCUGCAGCGACAGCGACAGCGCAUCGCGGACCAAAUCGAACGCGAGAAGUCGAGCUCGCCGUAGACAAACCCAAGAUCGUCUGUCUGAAGAUAACAAUGUACCACAGUCGAACAACUCGAGCCAUUCAUUGAGGCACGAGCCCAGAGCGGAGCCCUCAAACAUCAACUUGGUCCCACCUAUUUCUCAAAAUGUUGACAAUCCGAUCAACAUGCCGUACCCUCACAUGCCGCCGCCGUAUUGGAAUAAUACGAAUAAAACUAACCAGGAUAUGCGCACGAACCAGUUCACGCAGAACAGCCACUCGCAGACCAUGGAGCGGCUGAUGGGCGCGCCGCAGAUGUCCUUCCCGCCCUCCGUGCCCUUCAACAUGAUGAUGCCCUACGGCGGCAUGGUGCCGGGCUGCGGCUGCGGCUGCGGGCUGUGGGGCGCGUGGUGCUGGCAGCAGCUGCUCCAGCAGCAGCGCGAGCUGCACGCGCUCAGGGACCACCUCUCUCUUCUUGAAGAACGCUGGCGCGCAGAGACCGCGUCCCACACGCUGAACAACCAAGUGGCUCCCGGCAACCGCGCCAACAACUAUUGGGAUAACUUUAGAAGCUACUCGCGGCAGAACCUGCUGUCGGCGAACAGCAAGACCAACGCGGACGGGCACCUCGGCGGGCUAGCGGCCGCGCCCUUGCCGCAGCCGCUCGUCUCGCGCAGCCACAACGCGCUGCGCCGCGCCCCGCCCCCGCCCCCGCCCGCGCCCGCGCCUUCCCACGUCGCACGUCGCGCCGCGCCCGACGUGCUCAACCUGCACCACGCCGAGCCCCAGCCCCAGCCCCAGCCCCACUCCAACAACCUGCACGCGGCCGACAAGCGCAAGUCCUGCUCCAAGCUGCCCGCCAAGAACUCGCGCGCCGCGCCCCUCUCCACCGGCAACCUCCACCUCCAAGACAACCCCAACCUGGCCUCCGCCCGCCGCGACGUCGCCGACAAGGCCACCUCCAAACUCUUCGAUCUCCUCCGAGAGAACGUCUACUCCGAGGUGACGACCCUCAUCGGCGUCAACGAGUCCCACCCCGACUUCCUCAUUCAGCUGUUCAAGGAGCUGCAGCUGAUCAGCUCGGACCCGCUGCGGCAGAGGGUCCUCCAGUCCAUUCGGGGCGUCCUGUCCCAGUACGGAUCCGCGCCGGAGGGCCGGCCGGGCGACCGGCUCCGCGAGGAGGCCGGGCCGGCCGCCGAGGGCGACUCCGCCGACCGCGCUCUCUCCGCGCAGGCCGGGUGCUCGACCGCCCCCCACUUCGACAACAAUAUUGUUCGCUUUCUAUUACUAAAAAGUGAAGAAAUAUGCACCCCCGAGCUGAUGGACUCUCUAGCGACGCAUGUUUUAAACGGGGGUCUCGACGGUAGACGACCCCAGAUAUCUAAGAAGAGGCUGCUCGAGUUCCUCUCUAAAUACGAGGGUAUGACCGUCUGCAGCGUAUCGAACGACAUUAUCGAGAGCCUGCCGCUGGUGAUAUCGGGCGGCGGGGGCGGCGGGGAGGGGGAGGCGGGCGAGGCCGGCGAGCCACCGCCGCUGCAGGACGUGGCGGGCUCGCUCAGCCUGUUCAGCGCGAGCGACCCCGCGCUGCACGCCUGCCCCUACGACAUGUGGCCGGGCCACGUGCACGUGGACGUGGACGGGGAGCCGGGCGAGGCGAGCCCGCGCGGCCGGGAGGACAAGGUGGACCUGCUCGACUGCUCGGAGAUGCACAACGGCGACCUGGCCGAGGCGGACCAGUCGUGCGAGGCGGCCGAGGCGCUGCCCGACGUCGUGGACACGGAGGAGGCCGCGCCCGCAGAGGCUGAUGCAGAAUGGGUCGGGCUCGAUCGCGUGCCAACAAGGCUGCAUUUGGGAGAGUCAUCUGAAAAACAGAAAGGUGAUGUUAAUAUAAUGUAAGAACGGAGCAAACACCCAAACUGCAAACUUGACAGUUUGCUUCGUGUUUGAGUGGCCCUGAAAGUAAAUAUCACAAGAUUAGAUCUUCUCACUCCAUCUGAAACAGAAAGAUGAAACAAAUGGAAAUUAAUAAUAUUUCUUCUUUUUCAGAUUAAAUCUCGAGCGUCCCGUUGAAUUUCCGAUUGUGUUUUUAUUGCGUGUAACGUUAGACUUGAAUUAUCCAUUUAUUUAAUAUUAAUUAUUCUAUAAUUUUAGAAUAUGCAUUGUGU